AUGUAUUCAUGCACAUGUUUACUCCGCUACUUAUUCUCUCCAUCUCAAUUCGACCUGUCCAGUGCUAUAGGCGUAGACACACAGCCCACACCCACUCCGGCCGCCGAGAUAUCAGACGAACAGUUGAGUGUAUUCCUGCAGCAACAUCUGCUAGCGAUCUUAACCUGGCUCAACGGACAACUGCUCAGUGGGGCUGUAGUUUCACGCACACGAACAAUGACGGCCUUCGCACGCCUGCUAGCACUUAUUGACGGGAAGUAUCUGUACAUGGUCAGGGGCAAAGUGUUAGGUCUGCUGCGGUUGGGGUUGAGUUCAGACGUACUGGUGGUGAGCACAUUGGAGGCGUGGCGGGUUUUCCUCCGCAAGCUGUCGUUCGAACAGGUACACGUCAUUCUGAACGAGUCCGUGUUCAUGCUGGUUAGUGUGCUGGAGGAUCACGAGGACAGUGUGGCUGAGUUGCUGAACCUGCUGAUAUACGACGACGACAACACCAGCGAACCCGGCACACAACCCAACCCCUCACCCCACGUGCAUGCACACACCACUGACACCGAUACCAAUCAGCAUGAAGGACAGAGUCCCAAAAACGUGACCAUAGACACCCGUGAGAGGGCCGCUCAUAGUAGAGAUGCACUGUAUGUGCAGUUGUAUAUUCUACCGCAGCAUCCAGCACUGGAGCGGUGUCGGGGUGUGGUCGAGAGAGCCAUUGCGAGGCUCUCCUUCGAGGACUUUCUGGUGCAGGUGUGUGCGUAUGUCUAA